AUGGCGUUAAAGUGGUCUACUGUUGACGAGAUACGAUUGCUCAAAUGGGUGGCGCAGUUUAAGCCCGCCGGAAUUCACAAGCAUUUUCAUAUGAGAUGUAUAUUGGAAAGAAUGAACAAUCCCGAUGAGUACCCAGUGACACUGCUGCAGAAUACCGAACCCAAGAAGAUAUUCACAGCCCAAGAAGUUUGGGAAAAGCUACUAGAGUAUUAUGAUCUCGAGGAAGCUGAUAAGGUCGAAAAUAUGACAUUAGAUAACACCGAAGAUCAGAAUGAAGGCGUGGCGCUUGAGCGACGAUUGCAGGAACAAGAAGAGUUCUCCCUUCCCUGGAGCGAAUAUAGCGAGCUAAUGCUCCGAAAUGCCAAGGAACCCGGUACAGAUGGCCCGGGUGAAGAAGUUUCGGUGCUUGACCGGAGCGAUCAUAGUUACGGAGAAGCAGAUGGGGGUUCAACCAAUGCAGGUUCUACUGGUGGAGUCAAAAAUACGACGCGAAAAAGGGCUACAAGGAGACUCACGCGAAGAACUAGAAGCCAGCCUGGGGCUGGGAUAGAUGAUGAAGGCAUGGAAUCGGUUGGAAAUGGUGAUAUUGGCGCCCAGGAAGCACAGGGCGAUCAAACGCGAAGUGAUAGAGAAGGCCAAUUAUCCGAGUCGGAAAAAGAAGAGGCUGUAGAAGAGGAAGAUGAAGAGCUCGAGGGCUUGGUUGCAGACGAAGGCGAACAGCCGAACACUAAGAAGCCGCGUACAAGAUCACAGAUAGGUGACAUUCCACCUGCAGAAGCAGCAACCCCUAUAGUUGGCUCACCGUCCUCUCCUGCCACAAGGACAAGGAAGAAGGCCCCAAAUCCGCCAGUUAGACGCAGAUUGAGGAACAGAAAGUAA